AUGGAGGUUUGUGACCCAGCCCCCGGGCCGAGCCCUGGAACGCGCGCCCUUUGUGAGGCGCCUGGGCCUUGGCAGCAGGUUCCAACCCUCUGGCGGGGGAGGGGCCGACAGAGGCCGGAAUCAGGGACGGAGCAGAAGAUGGUUCUCGCCAUGCUGGGGGCUCUGCACCCCAGGGCCGGCCUGAGCCUCUCCCUCCUCUACUUUGUCCUGGCUGCUGCGCUCCUCCACCCCCAGCCACUGAGGCCUCAGCGAUCUGUUCCUGAGGAAUUUUCAGCCCCCCUGGAACUGUCGGAGCCACUUUCGGGCCUGCUGGAUGACUACGGGGUCCGACCCAAGCACCCAUGGCCGCGAGGCCCUCGACCCCUGCUCUCCCGGGCCCAGCAGCGCAAGCGGGACGGGCCAGACAUGGCUGAGUAUUACUACGACGCACACCUGUGACGGGAGCCCCCCAUAAAGCUAUUCUGUGCA